AUGCCACCGUCACCUUUUUUUCUUGCAGGCCAUGUUUUGGACAAGUAUGGCCUAAAAGCCGCGGCUGUUCCCUCCAUGCUAUUGAUGAGCGGGGCAUUUGCAGUGCUCUCCUCUGUACGGGACUCUGCGACUCUGGCCGUUGCUGCCUUUGUCUACGGUCUGGGCAAUGGCAUCUGCGGGGGCACUUUAAAUGCAUUCGCCACAAGCUUGACUCCCCCCGAAGCUCGCACCCAAUUCCUUGGCCUUUGGAAGACAGUCACUGCUUUAGGUGGUAUCUCGCUCCCACCGCUCUUUGGCACAGUUUCCGACGCCACAUCUCUCGACAUUGCUGACCUUUUUCUUCCAGCUGUUGCCUUGAUCGCCGUGGCUUGGAUGCUCCUCAUGGUCGAGAGCCCUACCGCGAUGGGAUGCUCCACAGUGGGAUAG